GCCUUCCCGAGCACGACUAGCCACAAACCGCCUUCGGAAUGGAACAAGUGCAGUACAACUACGAGGACUUCGCUCGAUUACCCACGACGGUGUUUUGGAUCAUGGGCUACGACAUGCUGGACGUACCAAAGACCAGGUCCCGCAGGAUACUAUAUCGAAUAUAUCGCUUCCUUUGCCUCGCCAGCCAUGCGGUCUGCGUGGGAGUUAUGAUAUUUCGCAUGGUGGAGGCGAAGACUAUUGACAAUGUGUCGCUGAUCAUGCGCUACGCCACUCUGGUUACCUAUAUCAUCAACUCGGAUACCAAGUUCGCCACCGCUUUGCAAGGCAAUGCCAUCCAAAGCCUGAACUCUAAGCUGGCUGAACUCUAUCCGAAAACCACACUGGACAGGAUCUAUCACCGGGUGAAUGAUCACUACUGGACAAAGUCGUUUGUAUAUUUGGUUAUAAUUUACAUUGGUUCGUCGAUAAUGGUUGUCAUUGGACCGAUUAUUACGUCGAUUAUAGCUUACUGCGCACAAAACGUAUUCACCUACAUGCACUGCUAUCCAUACUUCUUGUAUGAUCCUACGAAGGAUCCGGUUUGGAAGUACAUUGGCAUCUAUGCUCUGGAAUGGCUGCACAGCACACAGAUGGUCAUUUCGAACAUUGGCGCGGAUAUCUGGCUGCUGUACUUUCAGGUGCAGAUCAAUCUUCACUUUAGAGGCAUUAUACGUUCACUGGAGGAUCACAAGCCCAGUGUGAAGCACGACCAGGAAGACAGGAAAUUCCUUGCGAAAAUCGUGGACAAGCAAGUUCACCUGGUCAGUUUGCAAAACGAUCUGAAUGGCAUCUUUGGGGGAUCGCUGCUUUUGAGCCUGUUGACCACCGCCGCGGUUAUCUGCACGGUGGCGGUGUACACUCUGAUUCAGGGAGCCACUUUGGAGGGCUUCACAUAUGUGAUCUUCAUCGGGACUUCGGUGACGCAGGUCUACCUGGUGUGCUAUUACGGUCAGCAAGUUCUGGAUUUGAGCGGCGAGGUGGCCCACGCCGUGUACAAUCAUGAUUUCCACGAUGCUUCUAUAGCCUACAAGAGGUACCUGCUCAUCAUCAUUAUCAGGGCACAGCAGCCCGUGGAACUGAAUGCCAUGGGUUACCUGUCCAUUUCGCUGGACACCUUUAAACAGCUGAUGAGCGUUUCCUACCGCGUUAUAACCAUGCUUAUGCAGAUGAUACAGUAG